ACCACGAGAGCCAAGAAAUGCAGCGGCAACAUCAGUUUAAAGUCUCCUUUUGGCUAUGUGUCAUCUUGGCCAUGAUCCUGGAGCAGCAGAUUCCUGUUGAGGCGCGAGUUCGAGAUCUUUGCCAAGUGGUGCCCAGCACGAGCGGACUGUGUGUGCCCAGCACACUAGGCAUCUACUAUGACCCGGAGACGCAACAUUGCCGCUAUAUGGGCUGCGGCAAACAGAGAUUAUUCACCAGCCUGGAGGAUUGCGACAAGAUCUGCAAUAAUGCAAGACACGUGAAGAGACGCAACAGAGCAAAGACCAAUGAAACCACGCAAUGAAUAAACAUAAAUAUUUAUAAAACAA